AUGGUUGCGCCUGCCUUCCGUCCCCGACCUCCCGACCUCCUCCUCCUCCUCCUCCUCCUCUGCUGUGUUGUACCUUCUUGUAACAGUUCGAACAACCUGAGCGAUGACAAGCUUGCAAUGCUUCUUCGGAGAUUGCAAGAGGAGAGGCGAUACGAACUUGCUGAGAUGAGCGACAAGUUUGAAUCGACUCAGAACCGUUUCCUCCAAGAUGUCAAGAACUCAAAGGCUCUCUUAUUGAGGAUGGAACAAGCAGCUGGCCUUGGCAAUCGUCUGGUCGCUCUUGUUUCCGGGUAUGUGUGGAGUUUUCUUUCCGACAGAGCAUUGGUCGUUGAGUGGGUGUCGUACGACCAACCAAUCGUACAUCGGAGCAAGGAAGUCUCUACCAUGAUCGAUCUUGGUCACUUCUUGAGUUUGCCUGUGAAGAUUGAGUUGAAUCAACUGAUGAGGGAGUUUGCCUGGGAUUUCAAGUCGUGGAAGCAUUUGCGUGACGACGAUGUAGCAGCGAUUCAGUUCCAUUCUCGUCACGGUCUACAAAGUCUCAAGGAUGAUCGGAGGUCGCACUUCAGCUUCUACCUCCGCAACUUCGCCGGCUACAAGAUCAUCGGAGUCCACCUGCGGACGGUCAAGUACAUGACCGAGCAGGAACAGCACACGGCUCUGCGCUGUGCUGAGUUCCUGUCCCAUGGAGACGCCUCCAAGAUCUUCGUGGCUUCAGAUGCUCAGAGUGGAAUUGAGCUUGCUCGCCGUGUGCUGGGGAAGGAGGUUCUGGUGUUAGAAUCGGUUGAGCCGGGAAGGCAGGGUAAAGUGGAUGCUCUCGUGGCGACCUCGCGAUCCUCCUAUGCGAUCUUAGCGAGUGGAAUGGGAGGAGGUCUGGCGUCUGGAAGGCCCUUCUAUGAUGUAUAUGAUAACACUUGUAUCAAGGUGAUCUGUCCUUUUCCGGUUAUCCAACGCGACCAUCCACUCGCAGCCAUCCAACGAGACUACAACAAGACUUGCCUUUCUCCUCACUUGCGCCUUAAGUUCAACCGUGAAUGA